CCCCCGCCCUCCUCGACCUUCGACUUACACGUGUUCGCCCUCUGCCCUUCGCUCCUUGCUGCUCUCUGCUCCUUAAGCCCUUUGUCCCGCCCGCCUGCGUCCGUCUCUUCAUGCGCCAACCUGCCGUCGCCGUCGCCUCUGCUUGACCCGUAUCACCACCACAUUCCCCGGCCCGCGCUUGCCCAGCAUGCUGCACCGCCCCAAGGGCAAAGAGACGCCCAGCUCCAUUCCGGGACCUACCUACAUGUCCAACGAGCAAGUGGGCAAUUACCUUCGCGACCUUCGAAACAACCGCCAAGCACGCCCAACCGGUGCGCGCCCUUUGCCGACGUCUUCUAUUUCUACCUGGCGCUCCAAGGCAAAUGCCUCUCCUUCGCCUGCCUCGCCCACCCUGUCUUCGCCAACUGCGCCGGCCUCCACUUCAGAACCGCCAAGGUCCCAAAGCGCUCUGUCACACCGCGAUCUUUCCUCGAACUCCGGGCAAAAGAGCUUAGCUGCUAGGGCCUCGGUAUUCGGCCGUCCACUCGUACGCGACCCGAUCGCUAGAGCCCACUCGCGGAGCUCCACCCGGGCUGAGCAACCGGAGAGAUCGUCCUCGAGAUUCUCCCAUAGGACUUCGAACUCGGUCAACGAGAACAAACUAGCGUACAGAGAAAGCGGACAACGGUGGAUGGAACGCCAGGAAGCACAUUCUUUACGCCGCGCGUUGGAAGAUAUGGACGUACAAGAAGAACAGAAGCUCUACACGGACGCCCGUGACGAAGCGGCAGAGCUGGUCUGGAAGCACCAGAAUCCUUCUGCUGCGUUCAAGAACCCAGAUGCGCCCUACGAGUACACGGCGCACCUCAGGAAAAACAGCCAUGCGCGCGCUCAGAGCAUUGAUUCACAGCCAGAAAGCGGGCGCAAUAGCUCGGUUGGAAGCCGCGGUUCUAGCAUUUCUUCGACGAAAGUGACGGAAUCUGCGAUUGCUGCAUCGCCAGAGGCGAGGAAGAAGACUUUUUCUGCAGCUGAGACGGAAAGACCCAAGUUGGUGACCAAAAACUCCUCGGGUAGCACGAAGAGUCACGUUACAUUCGAUAUACCUCCUCCCCCGGAAAAGCGUCGCAGCAGUAGCAGCAGUUCAAAGAGGAGGCCGAGCGGAAGUCUUUCUGAGAACCCCAAGGAUAAAAUUCACGAGGAACCCGAAGAACCUACCCCUGUUGAAGCUACCCCUGCUGAAGCUACCCCUGCUGAAGCUGGCCCUUCCGAGACCAUAGAGAAGAAGCCGGGCCCCCAAACCAAGAUUCCGAUCCAUAGCCGCAGGAACCCUUUCUCAAGGAUACAGUUCUCCAGGGACAACCUUAGCCGUUCAAAUACAGAUCCUUUGGACGCAAAGAAGAAAUUCGACAGGUUCGAAAUCCACCGCAAUCCGCCGACUCAGUCGCGUAAUCCUGCCUACACUUCCUCCAACUAUGAUAAUCUCGAACCAUCGCAGAAGCCCCUGGGAUCACCGUUGAAGUCCCCCGGAUCACCGUUGAAAUCCCCCGGAUCACCGCUGAAGUCCCCAGCGUCGCCACCGAAGUCUGAAAGCGAGUCUGAAGAUGUCAAGAUGAAAGAAGGCAAAGAGAUUAGAGGUGAUGAUAUUCGUGCCGCUACCAGCAUGAAGCUCAAAGAUCGUAGCCCUAAGCUCCCCACACCCACCAUGGUCAGCGACAGCCGUUCUCGCCCGAUUGUGAGCUUCCAGCAAGGUUACAAGCCCAAGGAAAUUGAACUCAAGGAAGAGGUGUCGAGAGCCCCGCUUCCCUCUAUCAACCUGCCGGAUGAGGAUCCCAAACCUAAGAGCUACCCCCCAAAGCCCGACAACGGCCCUCGUCCGCUCCCAGAGAUCAAUGUCCCAGAUAAGCCGCUCAGGGGCGGGCCUAUUCCACCAAUUCCUACUAUCAAUGCUCCCGACUCCCCCUCGGUGCCGUCCAUUAAUGUACAGUCCAAUCCUGAACCGCCCUCCAUCAAUGUUACGCCUUCCUGUGGUGCUUCCAGCAGGCCACUUCCCACCAUCAACGCUCCCUCAUCCUCUUCGACCAGGCCUCUCCCCACUAUCAACGCUCCCUCGUCUUCGGCCAGGCCUCUCCCCAAUCCCAACCCCAACCCGAAGGCAGCAACGAGGCCGCAGCCGGGCCGGCCAAACCCCCGCCACACCGUGACCACACCCAACAUCCACGACGGCUCACACUGGACGCCUGCCAACGUGCGCAGCUCUGCGCUUUGCGCACACUGCGCGCUUCCGAUCUCGGGCCGUAUUGUGAGCGCUGCGGGAUCGCGUUUCCACCCCGAGUGCUUCACGUGCCACAACUGCGGCGAGGGCCUAGAAUGCGUGGCCUUCUACCCAGAGCCGGAUGCCAGGCGGGCGGAGCGAUUGGCGCGCAUCGAGAAGCGCCAACGCGGUGAGGAUAUCGAGGUGCCGGAGGAGUACGUGGGCCGGGAGCACGAGCUCGACGCCGACGACGGCAAUGACAGCCCGCGGUUCUACUGCCAUCUCGAUUUCCACGAGUUCUUCAGCCCGCGCUGCAAGAGUUGCAAGACACCAAUCGAAGGCGAAGUGAUUGUGGCAUGUGGUGCGGAGUGGCAUGUUGGUCACUUCUUUUGCGCUGAGUGCGGCGAUCCCUUCGACUCGUCGACCCCCUUCGUCGAAAAGGACGGUUACGCGUGGUGUGUCAACUGCCACACCAACCGGUACAGCACGAAGUGCAAGAAGUGCCGCAAGCCCGUCACCGAGACGGUUCUUAAGGCUCUUGGUCAGGAGUGGCAUCCCAACUGCUUCGUAUGCAUGGAAUGCUCUGGCCCCUUCGAGGACGGUCGCUACUUCCUCCGUGGCCCGACCAAGGACCCCGUGUGCGUCAAAUGCGAAGAGAUGCGCUUGAAGGCUUAAGCACGAGCUAUGACCAGUCUUCAUCUCGAGCUCAAACGAGCGCAUCACAUCGCGUCUUUACGCAUUGCAUCGCAUCGAGCGGCGGUUGGCCUGACCGCACACAUGCGCGCUUGAGCGCGCGUGUUGCCCUAUUUCCCAUCUUCUUCACCUGCAGCUCUUAAUCCCAUUUUGCUCCAUUGCUUUUGGUGCAUCUCUUUCCUCUCUCUUAUUAAAAAAAAUGCUUUUCAGCUUAGCGGGGUGUUGGUGGUAACCAGGCCAGUGUCAUGUCGUUUUUUGGAUUUUUGGAUUCUUGGAUUUUUGGUACUGUAGCAUCAUCGUCGUCGUCUUCAGCAUCAUCAGUAGAACUAGGAAAAUGCAUCUCUUGAGCUUUGGGGCACCAUAUAUUUUCCGUUUCGAGG